UCUUCAACAGCGCAGUCGGUAAUUGACUCUCAGCGUUGCUAAGAAGCUUGCUCUCCGCUAUUCCUCCGUACGUAUACUGAGACCAAGCGCAAUGCGAGAUGCCAGGGACACCAUGGAGUUAUUCGGUAUUUUGGUGGAAUGAACAUUGACCUUCCACCUUUUAAUAAGAAGGCAACCCUGUCCGAUGCGGGGCACUGUCUUUUCCCCCCUCUUGCCCCACAUACCUCAUUGCUAUCAUAUACAGCAAAGUCAUGUCCAGCACUGAAAGCGUUCAGGACAAUCCCAAGGGUGGUACUGCUAUCCAUGAUGACAAGUUUGAAGAUGUAGCUCAUAUCGAAUCGCAUCAUUCCGGAACCGUCGUCAACCGGAACAGGAACGUUUCCGCAAAGAUUCAGAAUCCUUUGACGGGUGUGGACCGAGCUCAGCUGUACAAGCUCGCAGACGAGUUUUGUGAUACCCAUGGGUUCCAAGACAAGCAAGACCUAUUCCAUCGAGCGGCGGUCCUCGCUCAGAAUCCAAACGAUUACGAGUCAUUGUCAGAGUUGACCGAAGAUGACAAGUAUUGGGUCAGGCGGGAGUACACCAACAAAUGGAGUCAGACUCGGAGUCUCUACUUCUUGGUCAUCGUUUGCUCUAUCGGUUCCGCCGUGCAGGGUUGGGACAACACUGGUGCUAACGGUAGCAACUUGAGCUUCCCCAAGGAAUUUGGUAUCGAGGACAAUACAUGGCUCGUGGGUCUGGUCAAUGCUGCACCAAGUCUGAUCGUCGGCACGAUCUCCGCUCCCCUGUGUGACCCUGUCAAUCACUACCUCGGUCGACGAGGAGCAGUCUUCAUCACUGGUCUAUUCUGUGUCUUUCCCGUCCUCGGUCAAGCAUUCACUCGGAAUUGGUGGGAACUGUUCAUCUGUCGAUGCCUCAUUGGUCUGGGAAUGGGAGUCAAGAUCACCACCAUUCCGAUCUACACUGCAGAAACCGCCCCACCUUCCAUCCGAGGUGCUCUCGUCAUGUCUUUCCAACUUUGGGUAGCUUUCGGUAUCUUCUUUGGCUUUUGCUCAAACCUCAUAUUUUAUCGGAUCGGCGCGAUCGCAUGGAGAGUCCAGCUGGCAGCUGCGUUCGUACCCGCUAUCCCUGUACUAUUGAUGUGCUGGUUCGCUCCCGAGUCGCCUAGAUGGUUGAUGAAGAAGGGAAGGUACCAGAAGGCAUUUGCGUCCUUUUGCAGGUUACGAUUCUCGGAGAUCCAGGCGGCGAGGGACAUGUUUUAUGCCCACUGCCAGAUCCUCGAAGAGAUGAAAGCUCAUCAAGGCACGACCUAUUUCACUCGUCUCCGGGAUAUCUUCACCAAGCCUCGAUUGAGGCGCGCCAACUUGGCCAGUUGGACGGUCAUGAUUGGGCAACAGCUCUGCGGUAUCAACAUCAUGGCGUUCUACAGCUCGACAAUCUUUGCUGAGGCUGGGUACAAUAUCCGAGAUUCGCUCCUCGCCUCUUUCGGAUUCGGUCUCAUCAAUACCAUCUUUGCUCUGCCUGCCAUUUGGACCAUCGAUACAUUCGGUCGACGGAACCUGCUCCUCCUAGGAUUCCCUCUGAUGGCGUUAUCGCUAUUAUGGGCCGGCUCAAUGUUCUUCAUGGACCCUGCAAACUCGGCACGCGUCCCGGUCUUAGCUGUCGCCAUCUAUCUGUUCACGAUCGCGUACUCUCCUACGAUGGGACCAUGUCCAUUCGUCUACGCCGCCGAAUGCUAUCCAUUGACGCACCGCGAGAUCGGCAUGUCCUUUGCCGUGCAGCAGAACAACUUCUGGUCCUCGGUUCUCGGCCUCACCUUCCCCUCCUUACUCCGCGCUCUUCAACCAUGGGGUGCUUUCUACUUCUACGCAGGGACCAACAUCCUGGGCCUCAUCCUCAUCUUCUUUUUCAUGCCUGAGACUGCUCAAAGAACACUUGAAGAACUCGACUUUGUCUUUGCCGUGCCGGUCGGCGUCUUCGCCAAAUAUCAACUCUCCACCUGGCUUCCUUGGUGGAUCAAACGAUAUGUCCUGUUCAGGCGGGAUGCCAAGCUCGAACCUUUGUACCAUUUGGAAGGAGUCGCUGGGGAAGGGACGCGACCUGAACGAGCUCAUUGAAAAGGCUCAGCGGGCAAGUGGCUGGUGUGUGUGAGGGGUAAAUUCAAGGCAAGAGUUUUCGUAGUGUAUCGACGAGUAGUGUAUACAAGGGAUGUAGCGAGCAUAGAAGUCGAGGUCCGCUAGCCCGCCACGAAGCACAAUCGCCACUUAAUUGCUGCCAACCCCCUUCUUGGCAUUUC